UGCUGCAUCAUACUUUACGGCAAACACGUGCUUCCUGCGCUCUUCCGUGCCCUUCACCGCUCCGCAUCGCAUCCAGAGACGAUCUUUGAUUAAAUCCGAGUGAAAAGAUGGUCAAACUGAGUAAAGAGAGCAAGCAGCGGCUGCAGCAGGUGUUCCAGUGCGGCCAGUUCAUCCUCCGCUGGGGCUUCAUCCCCACCGUGCUGUACCUGGGAUUCAAGCGUGGAGCCGAUCCUGGGAUGCCUGAACCCACGGUGCUCAGUUUGCUUUGGGGAUGAAGACGCUCCUGACGGAAGCUCCAGACGGAAGCUCCAGACCUAUUCACAAACCUGAUGAAGACGCAGACGCUCGAGUUCUCCUCCUUCAUCUCACGGGACGCUGUACCAGGAUGUAAAUACUUCACCCAUCGUCUUGUGUUAUUUUAAGACUGAUUGCAUUGAGAAACACACAAAAUGUAACCGAGCCUUCUUUGUUUUUUUAUUGAAUGGAAUCAGAUGAUUGUAAACAAAUCAGUUUUUCAGUUUCAAAUAAACGAAACCAGUUCAUCAGCACUGA